AUGUCUACCUCAUCAUCUCCCAAGUCGCCUACAGACCCUCAAUUCAACUUCCGCAAUCCAUUGCCUCUAUCCGCAACCCAGGAACAGCAAGUCAAAGAGGUAUAUUAUAAGCGUGUGCGCGGCUAUUGCGCCCCCGAAAUCAAAGCAUUCGCAGAAUGUGCUCGCGGUCGAACCUUCACAACAACUUGGGUCUGCCGAGAGCAACGCCUGGCCAUGAACUCGUGUAUGCUUGCACAUGCGAAACCGGAAGAAGAAGACCGAGCGCGUGAAGAAUGGUUCGCGGGCCGCGAAGCUCGACGACGUGAGCGCGAGGAGGCCGAGGCUGCGGUCGAGAAGCGACGACAAGAGGUUAUACAGUUGAUGAAGUCAGAUGAGGAAAGGAAGCGGAGUAAAGAGGCUUCUUAG